ACUUUUCUCCCUCCCCCUCCAGGAGUCGGAGUGCUGUUUUUGUUGUUGGUGGAAGGUGAGGGAACAGCUGAUCCGUGUGUGGGGAGGGCAGAUACCUUGAGGGCAAGAUGGAAGAAUCAUCACUAAGCCGGGCACCUUCCCGGGGUGGAGUCAACUUUCUGAAUGUAGCCCGGACCUACAUCCCCAACACCAAGGUGGAAUGUCACUAUACCCUUCCCCCAGGCACCGUGCCCAGCGCCAGCGACUGGAUUGGCAUCUUCAAGGUGGAGGCUGCCUGUGUUCGGGAUUACCACACUUUUGUGUGGUCUUCGGUGCCUGAAAGUGCAACCGAUGGUUCCCCUGUCCACGCCAGUGUCCAGUUCCAAGCCAGCUACCUGCCCAAACCUGGAGCCCAGCUCUACCAGUUCCGGUAUGUGAACCGCCAGGGCCGGGUAUGUGGGCAGAGCCCCCCUUUCCAGUUCCGAGAGCCAAGGCCCAUGGACGAACUGGUGACCCUAGAGGAGGCCGAUGGCGGCUCUGACAUCCUGCUGGUCGUCCCCAAGGCCACUGUGCUGCAGAACCAGCUGGAUGAGAGCCAGCAAGAGAGAAAUGACCUGAUGCAGCUGAAGCUGCAGCUGGAGGGACAGGUGACGGAGCUGAGGAGUCAAGUACAGGAGCUCGAGACGGCUCUGGCAACAGCCAGGCAGGAGCAUGCGGAGCUGAUGGAGCAGUACAAGGGGCUUUCCCGGUCCCACGGGGAGCUCACAGAAGAGAGGGACAUCCUGAGCCGGCAACAGGGAGACCAUGUGGCACGCAUCCUGGAGCUAGAAGAUGACAUCCAGGCCAUCAGUGAGAAAGUGCUGACAAAGGAGGUGGAGCUGGACAGGGUGAGAGACACCGUGAAGGCCCUGACUCGGGAACAGGAGAAGCUUCUUGGUCAACUGAAAGAAGCACAGGCCGACAAGGAGCAGAGCGAGGCUGAGCUCCAAAUGGCACAACAGGAGAACCGCCGCUUAAAUCUGGAGCUGCAGGAAGCAAAGGGCCGGCAGGAGGAGCAGAGUGCCCAGGCCCAGCGACUGAAGGACAAGGUGGCCCAGAUGAAGGACACCCUAGGCCAGGCCCAGCAGCACGUGGCUGAACUGGAGCCCCUAAAGGAGCAGCUUCGAGGAGCCCAGGAGCUCGCAGCCUCAAGCCAGCAGAAAGCCGCCCUUCUUGGGGAGGAGUUGGCCAGCACAGCGGGAGCCAGGGACCGCACCAUGGCGGAGCUACACCGCAGCCGCCUGGAAGUGGCUGGAGUCAAUGGCAGGCUGGCUGAGCUCAGCCUGCACCUGAAGGAGGAAAAAAGCCAAUGGAGCAAGGAGCGGGCAGGGCUGCUGCAGAGUAUGGAGGCAGAGAAAGAUAAGAUCCUGAAGCUAAGUGCAGAGAUACUUCGACUGGAAAAGGCAGUUCAGGACGAGAAGACCCAGAAUCAAGUGUUCAAGACUGAACUAGCCCGGGAAAAGGAUUCUAGCCUGGUGCAGUUGUCAGAGAGCAAGCGGGAGCUCACAGAGCUGCGGUCAGCCCUGCGCGUGCUCCAGAAAGAGAAGGAACAGUUACAGGAGGAGAAGCAGGAACUGCUAGAGUACAUGAGAAAGCUGGAGGCCCGCCUGGAGAAGGUGGCAGACGAGAAGUGGAACGAGGAUGCUGUCACAGAGGACGAGGAGGCGGCUGUGGGCCCGAGCUGCCCAGCAGCUCUGACAGACUCAGAGGAUGAGUCCCCAGAAGACAUGAGGGUCCCUCCCUAUGGCCUGUGUGAGCGUGGAGACACAGGCUCUUCUCCUGCUGGGCCACGAGAGUCUUCUCCCCUGGUCGUCAUCAGCCAGCCGGCUCCCAUCGCUCCCCACCUCUCAGGGCCAGCUGAAGAGAGUAGCUCUGACUCGGAGGCCGAGGAUGAGAAGUCAGUCCUCAUGGCAGCUGUUCAGAGUGGAGGUGAGGAGGCCCACCUGCUGCUUCCUGAGCUGGGCAAUGCCUUCUAUGACGUGGCCAGUGGCUUUGCAGUGGGUCCCUUGUCAGAGGCCAGCACCGGGGGCCCUGCCACCCCCCCGUGGAAGGAGUGCCCUAUUUGUAAGGAGCGCUUUCCGGCUGAGAGUGAUAAGGAUGCCCUGGAGGACCACAUGGAUGGACACUUCUUUUUCAGCACCCAGGACCCCUUUACCUUUGAGUGAUCUCACCCCUCCUCAGUACAUGCACAGAUGCACUCACACACACACACACACACACACACACACACACACUCAUGCACAGACACACACACUCAUGCACAGACACACACUUAGGUCUCAGGCCUCUCUUCCAACACACUGGGCUCCAUGAUAUUCUGUUCCCUAAGAACCGCCCCUGCCUUUGAGCCAUUUUCAUCCCAAGCUCUCACCGGCAUCCUCUCCUGCCUGGUUCUUUUGUCCAAGCAGGGGUCCUUUUUGGAAGCAGUGGCUGACCUUACCCUCUAAAAGCGGUUUUGGAUGAACCAGGAUGGAGGAGAACUUCCCCAGGGGUAGGUUGCUUCUGUCACGGACACCAGCCACACACACACACACACACACUCAUACACACACACUCACACACACUCUCUGAUGCCCCAAAGCCAAUUCCCCGGGGCACCCCACCCUCUCUUAUUGGGGGUCUUUGUUGGUUUAUCUGAGUUUUCUCUGGGGCCUGCAUGGAGGCAGCAGCAUGGACAUCACGGCCUCUUCAGGUCUCUUUCAUUUCUGAGCUUCAGUGGUUCUUUCUGUUCCCCAUUUCCCCCCCCCCCCCCAUUGCUUUCUGCACCCCCACCCCAGCCUUUUCCACACCAUUAGAUAUGAAAUUUGGAUGUUUCUUUUGUAUUUUUGAGGUUUUCUGUACUCUUACCUCCUGCUCCACCCUGCCACCACCCCCCAGUGUCCUCACAUGGAAAGAAAUAAUGCAUUUGUGCCUUCUGUGAGGGAUGGGGAGAACACAGGGUCCCAGGUGUCCCCGUUUCUCAGCCCUCCUCCCUCUCCAGGUUCCCCCUCCCCCCAGCAAUAAGAGCUUUCCCUCAUUAUCCCUCCCCCGAUCUGUAGUUUGGACAAAUAUAUUUAUAUGAUAUGUAUAACGAUUCUAAUAAAAUGUGUUCUUACCAUGA